AUCCUCUACCUACAUAAACUGCUCCAUCUUUUGCAGGUUUUUCUUCUUGUUUCCUUGGAUCAAGAAUGAACUUACCCAAGUAUUCAUGGGAUCUAGCUUUGGUGCCUCUCAGCCUUCUCUUGAUAGCAUGUUACUAUGCUAUUUUGUGGUAUAAUGUGAAGAAGCAGCCCUUAUCAACCAGGAUUGGGGUUGACAGACUGAGAUGGAGACAUUGGGUUCAAACCAUUAUGCAUGAAAAUGAUGAGAAAAAGGGUUUACUAGCAGUGCAAACCCAAAGGAACAACCUCAUGACACAAAUUCUAGCCUCCACAAUCACCAUAUUGAUCAACUCCUCAUUAGCCUCGUUAGCCAACAACUCCUACAUGGCCUCUCACUUCCUGCCCAGUCCAUUGCUUGGUUCAAUUAUUAAUCCAACCAUGGCUGCCCUCAAGUUUGCAACCCCUUGCAUCUUCUUUCUUUUCAGCUUCUUGUCCUCCUCCCUCUCCCUUCAAUUCCACAUUCAUGCAAACUUCCUCCUAGGCUUACCUCCGUAUCACCCCUCAAAAUCAACACAACACUUGGAACAAAUCUCACAAAAUUCUUCAUUCCAAUCAAGUGAUUCUCUAUCUUCACUGGAAGCUAGAAAAAUCGAGCCCGAGCACGUUUAUUGGGUGGUGGAGAGAGGGUGUUGCCUUGGCUCGGUGGGCAGUCGGGCUCUACAUAUAGGGCUCGUGUUGACACUAUGGGUGUUGGGAUCGGUUCCAUUGGUGUUGGCCUCGGUGGCUCUUGUCAUGGCCUCGUAUGAGCUCGAUUUUGCGCCGGGCCGAUUCAAUGGUGAAGGUAUGGCUUCUUCUGAGGAGGGAUCGAGUUGUGAGAGAGAGGGAGAUACUUCAAAUUUGUGAAUCAAAAAGAAGAAAAAUUGAUCUUUGAAGAUGAAAGGGUUUGAACUUGGUGUAAAGACCGAGACAGAAUGAAUGUGUAUUUUCUCAAACCAAGAAAAUGUAGAGAAAAUGUAAUGGCAACUCAUGACAAGGGCGGGAGGCCCUAGCAUACAU